AGAUUGAGGGGCAAAUGGGGCAUUCUCCAUCCGUUGUACAUAGGAAGGGUGGAUGCAAAUGGUUUCCUUAUCCACUUCUACUCCAACCAAAAAAAAAAAGGUUAUCAAAACUCCCCACGUUUCAGUUUUCAGCGAACUCACAUUCAAAACAAUGGCUGAAGCUAUCAAGGGUUUCACAAUUGCCAAAACACAUAUCCACUCUUCUUUUCAAAGACCUAAAUUUGAUCUGAACCCAAGUUCAAGAUUGGUAAGCCAGCUUUCAAGUUCUACACAUCUUCAUGGAUGGCUGCAGAUUGAAGGCACCAAGAAGAAGAGGGCCUCUAUGAGUAAACUAAAUGCUCUACCAGAUUUGCCUUUGAUGGCAGUGCUAGUUGAGCAUAUAGAAGGCCAAAGAGACCUUAUAAUCCACAAAUCCAUUUGGCAUCUUAGUGAUCAAGCAAUAAAGAACGUUUAUCUUUUUUACAUCAUGUUCACAUGUUGGGGAUGCUUAUUCUUUGGUUCAAUGAAAGAUCCAUUUUAUGAUGGAGAGGACUACAGGAAAGAUGGUGGAGAUGGUACAGGAAAUUGGAUAUAUAAUAAGCAAGAAGACAUAGAAGAGGCUGCAAGAGCAGAGCUAUGGCGCGAGGAGCUGAUCGAAGAGAUCGAGCAGAAGGUCGGAGGACUUAGAGAAUUGGAGGAAGCUGGACGAAAGUAGUACAGCUUUGUUUAACAUCACCUUGUAUGUAUGUCACAUAGUAUUCCAACUUCAUUGCUGCUAGUAGUCAUUCAACAAGAAAAAGAGCAAAAUCGUUUACAAAGUUGAAACCCCCUUUCACAAGUACUGUAAUCUGAUACAAAUGUAAAUUUCCAUUGGCAUGCUGUGUUCCAUCUAAA